UAUUAGCUUCAGAAUCCUCUGGUUCAUAUUCGAACCUGUUUUGUUCGCUAUAACCGGUGCUCAGGUCAGGAUUACUCAGUUGGAUGGGAAUGUCAUGCUUAUAGGUUCUGGAAUAUUAUUGGCUGCAUUAUUUAUAAGGGUAAUAGUAACAAUCAUUUUGGAUUACGGAUCUGCUAUGAACUAUAAGGAAAAAUUAUUUUGUGCAGUAGCCAUGUCUACGAAAGCCACUGUUCAGGCUGCUUUGGCUCCAGUACUGAUCGGUUUGGUACUCGACACCAAAUCGGAUGAAUACGUUUAUGCAGAAAAAGUAAUGAUGAUCUGCAUACUGUCCAUCGUACUCACUGCUCCACCUAUGGCGAUAUUCGUGGAAGUUUUUGGUCCAAAACUGUUGAAGAAUGACACGAAUGAAGUAGUCAAAAGGGAUGAUUUGGGAAAUUCAGUCGAAAUCAGAGAUGUAUACAGACCAGGACAAACUGAUGUUAGUUGACACGAUUUAUAGUAGAUAGGUAUAGAAAAAAGUACUUAGAUUCUCGAAUACCUCGAUAUUUUGAUGUUUUAGUAACUAGGUGUAAGUACUUGUAGUACUUUAAGUGCACUUUUUGUUCAA